AUCCAAUGUUAAGUUCAAAAAAUUCCGAUCUGGUCUAGUUCCGAAAACAUUAUCUACAAAUAUCUCCUCGUCCAUUCCACCAAUUCAAAAAGGGACUGAGUACAUAGUGGACUCAAAACAAAAAGCAGAUCUUCUUAAGAAUUUUUUUGCUAGUCAAGCCUACGUUGAUGAUACAUGUAAAUCAAUACCGGUAUCUGAUUAUCAACAAAAUCAAUCUUACCUAACAUUAAUAGAGACUACAAAGGAGGAAGUGCAAAUAUUAAUUAGAAGUGUUAAUAUUUCUAAAGCAUGUGGGCAUGAUG